CAAACUACCCUUUAAAUAUCUUACAAAAGAAACCUCUUUCUUUCAAAACCCAACAAAAUUCCAAUCCCCAUUUCUCCAAUUUCAGACUCAACAUUAACAAAAUUCAAAUCUCCUCAUGGCAGAAACCAAAGAUUCUGGCGCCCACAUAGUUGAAAUCCCAGUAGAACAAGAAAACCACACUCAGAAUCAAAACCCUAUGAUCUCUGUAAUACAACACCACCCAUUGCGGCAAAUUUCCGAAAGCUCUGGCCAUUUACUCCUCUUAAAGCUUUGGCAACGGGACGAGCAUCUCUUCGGUCUCCGAAUCGGACGUCGAGAAACCAAAAUGGAGUCUUUAAAGCAACAGAUCUUCCAACUCUGUUGCUUCUUCUUCCUCUUCCAUGCCCUGUCUCUCACUCUCUUGUACACUUCGUCUGAUCCCAAUGUGUGCAAAAAAUGGUGGGUUCCGGCUGUGGCAAUGGGGGCGACGUCGGGGGUGUUUGUGAUCGUGGUGCAGCUGAAAUUGUGGCUAUAUUGGAAGGCAUCAGGGCAGUUGCAGAGGGAGAAGACUGAAAACAGAGCACUUACAAGAUGUGUUCAAGAACUUAGAAUGAAAGGGUCUUGUUUUAAUUUGUCUAAAGAGCCUCAAAUUGGGAAUAGGAUGAAGAGUUCUAGUGUGGAGAUUAAAUGGGGACCUCUCACUUGGUUUUCUAGGAAUUUUAUCACCAUUUUUCUUCUAGGCUUUUCUGCUAUUGUUUUUGCUGCUUCCAAGUUCAUACUUUGUGCUUUUUAAGUCCAGGUAAUAUCCCAUCUGCCAGGUGGUUGAAGAACUUAUAGGGGGUGGUUUUGAAAUAUUGUAUUGGAAUUUGGAGGAUGAAGCAAGAGACGGGUCCGUCAUAAAAAGCAGCAUUUUUAAAAGAAAGAUGUUGGAAGCAGCAGGGGAGGAGGAGAACAGGGGGGGCUCCAUUUUUGUAGAAUCUUUACAAAUUUAUCAUUCUGAAGAGAGGGAGACAGUGAAGAAAGUGUAAAAGUACACAACAAGAUUAGGUGUUGUUUGAAGUGAACCAAAAUCAGUGUUAAUUAAGCAACACUGCUUGUGUGCACUCUUUUGUUAUGUUUUCUAGGCUUAAUAAUAACUUGCCAACAUUGAAAUUGGCCCCAUAUGUAACUUUUUGGCUAAUGUUUAUUUUAUAGAUACCUCAUUCGUUAUUAUUAUAUUUUUCAAAGCUUCU